ACGAUUAUGUACAUACAUUACCAAGUGGUUUCGAUUUCUAACUUGAAUAUUUUAACGUACAGACAAACAGAUACAUAGACAAACUGAUUAAUCAGAAUAUCAAUGAUAAAAAAUGUCACUGCUAUAGAGUGACACGAUAUCAUAUUAGCUAUUGUUAGAAGCUACGUGUAUGACUUUAAUAACACUAUUUCACUUAUAGGCUGUUGGUGUAUUCGCCAGUGAUUCUCAUUUGAUUUCCUCAAGAAAAAUAACUGGUUUAUCUUAUAGCACUCAAUCUGCUUCAGUUUCUUCUUGAACGUUGUAUGGAACAGACGUAAGAUGUGGAAGACUACGACGGUUAUACUUGUUCUAUCUAUUGGUCUAUAUCAUCUUAUAUUUCAAUAUGAACUCGUGAAGCCAAAUUUGCCAGAAACUUUUUGGGGACCGGAAAAGAAUAAAGCAGCUUCGAAGGACGUUCGACCGUUCAAGAUCGACGUACCAAAAUCGGUCAUCGAUGAUUUAAAUAAACGUCUGGAGAAUCCAAGAUUGAAUGUAGAACCAUUAGAAGGCGCAGCUUGGACUUACGGUUUUCCAGCUCCUUAUUUAAAAAAAAUUAUUGCAUAUUGGCAUAAUAAAUAUAACUGGACCGAGAGACAAUCACUCCUCAAUAAAUAUCCACAAUUCUACGUUCAAGGAGGUGACUGGGGUGCUGUUAUAACAUCUUCAAUGGCUGUUCUUUAUCCAGAAAAUGUCAUUGGAUUACACUCGAACAUGUGCAUUUAUAAUAAGCCAUUAAACUUUUGGAAUAUUCUUGGAAUGUUCCUUCCUUCUCUUGUUGUUGAAAAACAAUAUGAACAUAGAAUGUAUCCAUUCAAAGAUCAUUUUUAUCGACUAAUGGAGGAAACUGGAUAUAUGCAUUUACAAGCUACCAAACCAGACACAAUCGGUCUUGCAUUGACGAAUUCACCAGUGUCGUUAGCAGGAUACAUACUUGAGAAAUUUAAUACAUGGACGAAUCCCGAAUAUAAAAAUAGAAAAGAGGGUGGUCUACUUGAAAAGUUUACUUUGGAUGAACUUUUGGAUAAUGUCAUGAUAUACUGGGUGACCGAUUCCAUGACAACUAGUGCGCGUCUUUAUGCUGAACAAUUUACACACAAGUAUAGAGAUUUACAAAUCGAUGAAUUACCAAUCGAUGUACCGUCAGCAUGUGCCAUAUUUCCUCACGAACUUGCGUAUACUCCAGAAAAAAUUCUUCGAAUGAGAUAUUUGAAUUUGAUUCAAUUGAAUCACAUGCCUGGAGGUGGUCAUUUCGCAGCCAUGGAAGAACCUGUUAUAUUUGCAGAUGACAUAUACGAUUUCGUCGGCAAAAUUAUGGAACAGUCAAAGAACGAAGAUAGAAAGAAGACAGUGGUUACUGAACAGGAUAAUAAGAAACCUAAGAGUACAUAAAAAAGAGACAAUUCCAAGUUUUCUUUGUUUUUUACGAACAUUACUAGAUAUUUUAUAAUAUGUAAAAUAUAUAUAUAUAUAUAUUAAUAAAUAUUAAUAUAUAUAAUAUAUAUUAUAUA